CUUAAACGUCGUGAAGCGGACGGUAGCUAAAAGGUCUCUUACGGUUCCGUCGCUCGAAUAUAUUGUUAAGGCCAUCCGCAGCUUACAGAACUUCAAUGUGCGUUAUGCGCUCACACUGCCGCUGACCACUUGCCCUCCAACGGUUGCAGUACAUAAAAGUGUUUGCACAGAUUCCGCGUGGUGCAUUACAACAAGUGAACGCUUUGUGUAAAGACGCGACGGAGGCAAACUCAUUUAGUGAACUCUGAACUCUUUGGAGAAGUGUAAGCAAGUACCGUUAAGAUCAAACAAACUCGCCGCGUGUGUUGAGUUAAAAAAAGACAAAAAAAAUUUUAUUAGUAAAAAAAAAAUUAACGUUCAAAAAUACUUUAAAAUUUCACAUUUUCGUGCUGAUAGUGUCCCCAGAUCCCUACGGCAACAUGGUGAUGCUGCAAUCACCUGCGAAGACUGCCGACGCAUUGCCCGCAAAUACCGUCGGCGGUCAGUUGAGUCCGAAUUCCAAUCCGGAUUCGCCCAAGUCCAAUACCUCACCAGAGGUGGCUUGCAGUAAUGUCGGUGGUGCUGUCACGCCCACAUCUACAACGCCAAGCGCUUCGCUAACACCAAAAAUACCCAAAUUCAUCAUAAGCCAACAAACUCUAACGGUUGCUGCUGGUGCGACUGCCAACAAUAACAGCACCAACACAACCGCCGGCAAGUCGACCAACAAUACAGCUGGAGACAGUCUACGCUACUCGCUCGAGCGCCUCAAGCAAAUGACCGAGAUAAAUGUGGUUAAUCGUCUGAGUCCAACCGCCACGUCCAGUUCUACGCCUGAGCCCAUGGAUGGCGAAAAGUGCAAUAACAACAAUAAUAUUAACAACAACAAUAAUUGUAAUGUUAGCAACAACAAUAUGAACAUUAAUGGCAAUAUCACUCCGAAUAACAACAACAACUGCAACACUCGUCGAUCACUUUCGCCGCCACCUGUCGCCACAUACCAGAGUCCACCGCAACGCAAGCUGCUCGAGCUGAACGAUUCUCCCUGUCAAUUGCCGCGUCCCGAGCCACUGCCCCAUCCACAUGCGGCAUUGUUGCAACAACAUCCACAUCUAUUACAAAAUCCACAAUUCCUCGCAGCCGCUGCUGCGCAACAUCAUCACCAGCAGCAUCAGCAUCAGCUCCAGCACCAGCAUCAACAACAUCACCAUCACCUCCACCAGCAAACUGCGCAUCACGCUUUGGCGGAUUUUCAUUCGUUACGUCCACCACUUACGAAUAUGAUUGGUUUGCCGCCGCCACCGCCGCUACCAAGCUUGCAUCAACGCCUGCCCUCACCCGCCAGUUCACCGCUAUCACCACCCACAUCACCACUUCAACCGCAUUCCGAGCAGCCACAAAUGCUCUCACCCGUACAGCCACAACAUCAUCAGCAACACCAACAACAGCAUGCCGCACAACAAACUCCAACAUCUACAUGCCCCUCAGCGUCGACACUUUCGCCCCAACAUCAACAUCAUCUCCUGUCAACGCCACCCUCAUCAAUGUUACUUAACGGCACGCACAGCCUCUCCUCACAUGCCGCCCAACAGUUGACCAAUUGUAGUCCCUCAUCAACACUUACAACCGCACAUGAUAUGGAUCUGGAAAGGAUUAAGCUGGUCGCCGCACAGGCUGUAGCUGCGCGUUCUACCGUGACAUUGAACUCAGCUGCUAAUGCGUCCGGUGGCAGCAGUACCUCUUCGUCCUCUGCCGCCGCUGUAACUGCUGCCUCCAUGGCUGCCGCUGCGUCCGGUUUGUGCUUGCCAUCAUCGAAUGCUCGUCCGGAUCUUAGUGAUUAUGGCUUUCGAAUACAGCUGGGUGGUUUGGCAGCGGCUGCAGCAGCUGCUGCAGCUACUUCACGCCAGAUUGCGGCUGCGAAUUAUGCACGCAGUGAUACCAGUGAGGAAUUGAACGUGGAUGGCAAUGACGAAGAUAGCAAUGAUGGAUCUCAUGGCACGCCAACGGCCUGUCCCGUCGACCUGACACGAUCGGUGCCAACCAAUGCCUCAACAACAUCCUCUGCAACGAAUGCUUCGCUGGAAAAGGAGGCCACCAAACGGUUGGCUUUCUCUGUGGAGAAUAUUUUAGAUCCAAAUAAAUUUACCGGUAGAAAUGGACCAACGGGUCACUAUGGUGGUGGUCGCGGUUGGGGUUCGAGUAGCAGUAAUGCAGAUCGUGAUGAUGAAAUGCAUGAUGAUGAGCACAGCGAAGAUAUGUCAGCUCACGAUCUCAAUGACAUGGAUCACGAUGACAUGUGUGAUGAUGGCAUGAGCAGUGACAUUGAUGACCAUGCCAGCGAAACGGAUUCGAAGAAGGGUGGCAGUCGCAACGGUGAUGGCAAGUCGCAGGGCGGCAGUGGUGGCGGGUCGAAGCCACGUCGCGCCCGUACCGCUUUCACAUAUGAGCAACUCGUGUCGCUGGAGAAUAAAUUUAAAACAACUCGUUAUUUGAGCGUUUGCGAGAGACUGAAUUUGGCGUUGAGUCUGAGUCUGACGGAAACACAGGUAAAAAUCUGGUUCCAAAAUCGACGCACCAAAUGGAAGAAACAAAAUCCCGGCAUGGACGUGAAUAGCCCGACGAUACCACCACCAGCAGGUGCCGGCUUCGGUCCAGGCGCCUACGCUAGCAGUCUACUCUAUUCACACGCUGUGCCCUAUCCACCCUACGGCCCAUAUUUCCAUCCAUUGGGCGCACAUCAUCUCAGCCAUUCUCAUUCAUAAAAUUGCAAGAUGCAACAGAGACUGUUGCAAAUAUUAGAAAUGCGAAAAUAUCAAAAACGUGAGGAUCAUACCAAAAUGAGCGGCGGCGGUGAGGGGCGGCUGGAGAAAUAAAUAAAAGAAGAACGUCGAAGAGAGUAAA